CCGCUCGCAACAUUUGAAGCAUCGAUCCAUCCAACAUCAUCUUGCCUGUACCGUACCCUCGCCACCCCUCGCACGCAGUAUCUUCUGUCGAUAAACUUUUCGGUCGUCUUGACUUGCCGCUAUCUCAUCGAGUCGACCGCCACUCCCGUGCAUAGCACUUAAACAACCCUGCAGGCACAGGCUGUGAUAACCUCACACUCGGUCCGCAACAUGGAUCAACAGGGCCAACCCGGGCCCUUGAAUCCCAAUGGCCGUCGCCUGCACAUCGCUCAUCGACGUAGCCCGUCUGAGCUGACUCCGCUGAUGAUGGAACAACUUGCCAUCGCUCAGCAGAUUGAAGUCUUACAGCAGCAGCAACAACAAAUUGCUGCAACCCACCAACAGUAUGUUAACAUGGGCAUGAUUCAGCCCCAGCAACAUCUACCCGGCAACUUCCAGAUGCAGGGACAGAUGUCCAACGUAUCCCCCAACCCGAACCAGUUCCAGUUUGCCCAGCAGGUGCCCCAGCAGCACCUUGCCGUUCCGAUGAACCCCCCCUCGCAACCAUCGUCGCACCGUCGCAACCAGUCGGCCUUGCCCAACGUAAUGGGUGGCCCCCCGCCUGCGCCCUCGUCGGGCGCCUCUGGCUUCGGCGAGUACGGUGGACAGCCUGGGAACCAAGGCAGAGAGAACGUCAACCCGCGUGGUCGAGGUGGCGGUGGUGCCGGUUCAGGUCAUACUCGUCGACACUCCCUUGCCCUGCCCGAAGCCAAGAAGGCGGCCGAAUUGGCAGAACAGAAGAGGAAAACUUCUGGCUUCCAGUUCCCUAUUCCUGGUUCCGCUGGCGGCUCCAGCAACCGUGACGCAAGUCCGAGUGGAAACACACCGACUGAUCAGUCCGCGGGUCGCGGCGGACGUGGCGGACAUGGUCGCAGCCAGAGCAUGGCUGUUGGUCGUGGCGGUGGGAGCGCAGGCCGAGGGGGACCAGCCUUUUCAUUCCCUGCUGCCCCGGCCGGCGAUAACACCACUGGUGCUCAGACUGGCCAGUCUGACUUCCAACGCCGUGGCAGCCAAGGCCACGGUCGAAGCCAGUCUCGCAACUUUGAGGGCAACUGGAGGCAACCUCAGCCGCAAGCUCAACAACAGCAACAACCAGACCAGAACAACCAAGCUCAGAACAUGGGCAAUUUCAACAUGAACCAGACAGCAAACGCCGCUCCUUUCCAGCCCGGCCACCGCACCCGUGGCUCAGUCAAUCAGUCUGUUGGCUCUCUGGGCAACUUCCAAUACCCAGGCCAGCCCCAGCUUAUGCAGCUACCUCAGGGACAGGUGCUACUUCCCCAGCAGAUGCUCGGCGGACAGGGUUUGAAUCCGCUUCAGAUUGCCCAUCUGCAGGCACUCCAGGCCGCCCAGAUGAACGGCGGAGGCUUCGGAGGCAUGCCUGGCCAGCACGGCCAGCCGCAGAUGAUGCAACAACAACAGCAGCAGCGCAAGACGCUCUUCACUCCUUACCUACCUCAGGCAACCCUACCCGCCCUUCUUAGUGACGGGCAGCUUGUUGCCGGUAUCUUGCGGGUCAACAAGAAGAACCGCAGCGAUGCAUACGUUACCACUACAGAUCUAGAUGCCGACAUCUUCAUUUGCGGUAGCAAAGACAGGAACCGAGCACUCGAGGGUGAUUUGGUUGCUGUUGAACUUCUCGACGUGGACGAGGUGUGGGGACAGAAGCGUGAAAAGGAAGAGAAGAAGAAGAGAAAGGAUAACGCAGAUCCGCGUGGCAGCAACAUUGCCGUAAACGACGCCACCACCCAGCCUGAAACUAGCGGCGAGGGCGGAAUCCGGCGCCGAGGUAGCUUGCGCCAACGCCCUACGCAGAAGAAGAAUGAUGAUGUCGAAGUCGAAGGCCAGAGUCUUCUGUUGAUGGAGGAGGAAGAGAUCAACGACGAACAAAAGCCUUUGUACGCUGGGCACAUUGUUGCCGUCAUUGAGCGCGUUGCCGGCCAGAUGUUCUCUGGUACUUUGGGUCUUUUGCGUCCCAGUAGCCAGGCCACGAAGGAGAAGCAGGAAGCUGAGCGUGCGGCUCGUGAGGGUAGUAACUCUCGUCCUCAGGAUAAUCGCCAGCAGGAUAAGCCGAAGAUUGUCUGGUUCAAGCCUACCGACAAGCGUGUGCCCUUGAUCGCUAUCCCGACUGAACAAGCUCCCCGCGACUUUGUCGAGAAGCAUCAAGACUACGCAAACCGUAUCUUUGUGGCCUGCAUUAAGCGAUGGCCGAUCACCUCCCUGCAUCCUUUCGGAACGCUCGUCGAGCAGUUGGGUGAGAUGGGUGACCUUAAGGUGGAAACCGAUGCUCUCCUGCGAGACAACAACUUUGGCCCCGAUGACUUCUCCGAUGCAGUCAUCAAGAACGUCGGAUUCGAAGAGUGGUCUGUCGCCAAUGACGGCGACGUUGCGUUGGAAAAUCGCCGGGACUUCCGCAGCGAACAGACCUUCACUAUCGACCCUAACGGUUCAAAGGAGCUAGACGACGCUAUUCACUUCAAGUAUCUGGACGAUGGCCGCGUUGAGAUUGGUUUCCACGUUGCCGACGUAGCUCACUUUAUCAAAGCGAACUCUCUCGUCGACCGCGAAGCAAAGAAACGCGGCACGGCCGUAUACCUUAUGAACCGUACUGUCAACAUGCUGCCGCCGCGUUUGUCUCAGGAGAUUUGCUGCCUCAGCCCUGGCGAAGAGCGCUACACUGUGAGCGUGGUGUUCAAGGUCGACCCGAACUCUGGCAAAGUUUUUGAGGACGAGACCUGGAUCGGCAAGUCCAUCAUCAAGAGUUCCGGCAAGUUGUCUUACGAUGAGGUUGAUGCUGUUAUUAACGGUAAUGCUUCCGACAUCUCAGAGGGUCGUGCCAAGGACAUCAAGAUGCUCCACCACAUCACUCAGAAGUUCCGGGAGGCUCGCUUCGGCGAUCGUAGUACCGAUAUCCCGUCCCUCCGUUUGAUGCACCAACUUGACGAUGAGAACGUCCCGGUCGAAGCCAAUAUCUUCGAUUCAUCCCCUUCGCAUGAGUGCAUUGAGGAGCUGAGCCACAUGACCAACGCUUUCGUCGCGAAGCAAAUCGCUGCAAGUCUUCCGGAGAAGGCUCUGCUGCGUCGCCAGGCCCCUCCCAACCCUCGCCGUCUCCAGACUAUCUCCGAGCGUAUGAACGCCAUCGGUUACACCAUCGAUACCACUAGCAGUGGCAGUGUACAGAACAGCCUGUUCCAGAUCGACGAUGUCGACAUCCGCAAGGGACUGGAGACCCUGGUCAUUAAGUCGAUGAUCCGUGCCAAGUACAUCGUGGCAGGAAAGCAAACCGAGGACCAGCGCUCUCACUACGCGCUGAACCUUCCCUUGUACACCCACUUCACCAACCCCUCUCGACGAUAUGCCGAUAUCAUCGUCCACCGCCAACUGGAGGCUGCUCUGUCUAAUGGCGCCAUCGAGUUCACCGAGGACAUUGAAGUGCUUGCGAAGACCGCCGAGAUGUGCAACACCAAGAAGGACUCAGCCCAUGCUGCUCAAGAGCAGAGUGUGCAUAUCGAGGCCUGCCGUAGCAUGGACAAGACACGGCAAGACUUGGGCGGUGACCUCAUCAGCGAAGGUAUCGUCCUUUGUGUUUACGAGUCGGCCUUUGACGUCCUUAUUCCUGAAUUCGGAUUCGAGAAGCGUGUGCAUUGCGAUCAGCUGCCACUGAAGAAGGCGGAAUUCGACAAGAACAAGCGUCUCCUUGAGCUUUACUGGGAGAAGGGUGUUCCCUCGUCUGCGUAUAUUCCCGAAGACGAGAGGCCGAAGCACGGCUCGGGUCGUGCUGCGCAGGCCGCCGCCGCCGCUCGCGAUGCUGAAGUCGCCAAGCAGCGCGCCAAAGAGCAGGAGGAAGCCCAGCGCAGGCAAAUGGACACUGGAGCGCGGGACGACGAUGCACUAUUCGACGAUGACGAUGAUGAUGACUCCAGUGAUCUUACCGGUGCCAUGGCUGGUGUCUCACUGAACACCGGAGCAGACCGCCCUACGCAGAGCAUGCCUCCUUCGCCAACCAGGAAUGGUCUGCAGUCCAGCCGCUACGCUCCGCAUCGCGUCAAGUCCGACUCCAAGCUUGCCCAGAGCGCCAGCGAGUCCCCUGAGGCCAAGCUUACCAACAAGGAGAAGUAUCUGAGCUGGUUUACCCUUCGCGAGGAGAACGGAGACUACAUCCAGGAUGUGCGGGAGAUGACUCGAGUGCCAAUCAUCCUUAAGACGGAUCUGUCCAAGAGCCCUCCAUGCUUGACCAUCCGUUCUUUAAACCCCUACGCGCUGUAAGAGCCUGGUUUUCCAGGCUUUCUCCCCUUGUUCGCUCGAUCCGCAGUUACUAUCCUCC